UACCAUCACCUUCAAGCCUCAACAGCUGUUUCCCGUAACCUAUCGUGUUAUCCUGAAUAUGGAUGAACCGUUAGUAACAAUGCUGGGAGAAUUGCUACUUGAACGUAGAGCUGGAUGGGCAAAGUUGAAUCUCGACCCUUGGUUCGACAUUACUUCGGAAUUAGACCACCUUUCCAAGCGUUUGGACGAUAUUCGAAGACGACUUCAAGCGGAGGGUAUGACCGAAGGCGAUAUCCAAUUAGAACAGCACAGCUUCAUUCAAACACUGACCAUGACCGUUCAAGGCCAGACUGAUACCUUAGAGUCUAUGGAUAUCACGAUGGAGAAUUUCAAACGUGACUCCGUACUGGCGCAGAUGCUCAGCGAUAGCUUUAUGGGAUCAGUUGCAACAGUCGAGAACGCCGAUCAUGGUAUCGCGUGCCUCCUGGAAUUGGCUCUGGAAUCCGAGUUGCAUAAGAAUAUUCUUGUCGCUUUUCGUGGUUCAGCAGCAGAGUACGUCCUGUCGCUAAUGAUGCGUCCAGGCAAAGACGAACCUAGUAACUUGCUCAGUCACCUAUGGAGGGAGCACCGAUCCACACUACUUCGUCUUCUUUUAAAGCUUGCAAAGUGUUCAGAAAUUAUUCCACGUGAAUUGUUCCUUGAUGGCGUCGAUUGUAUGCAGAGAGAGAACCCUGUUGGUCACGGCGGGAACGCCGACGUUUUCUUAGCGACGUACCGAGGAAGGCCGGUCGUCCUUAAACGGCUUCGAAUAUUCCAAAACGUCAGGGAGGGACGAGAGGAUAUGCAAGAGUUCUGUCGGGAAGCACUCAUUUGGUUUCAACUCUCUCAUCCAUUCGUUCAACCGUUUCUCGGAGUCGACUGCGAAACAUUCCCGAACCAACAUUGUAUGGUCACUUAUUGGAUGGAAUAUGGGAAUAUCAACACUUGCAUGAGGUCUUUGACAGCCGGACGUAAGCCUUUACCUCUCGAUCGUUGGCUACGAGAAAUAGCGUUGGGUCUGGAGUAUCUCCACCAUGAACAAGUGAUACAUGGGGAUAUCCGAGGCAAUAACAUACUCAUUGAUAAUGACAUGCAUGUCCGUAUCACGGAUUUUGGUUUGGCGGCAUACCAAGGCUCCAAUACGAUGUCCGUGGGUGAUGUUGGUGGAUCGCGAAGGUGGAUGGCACCAGCGUUGUUUGACCCUGAGGCUUCUGGCAAACCAAGUCGUGAAAGUGAUGUAUAUGCAUUUGGAAUGACUUGUAUCGAGAUUUACACCCAGCAGAAACCUUUUCCCAGUAUCAGCAACGAAUAUCAAGUCACCGCACAUGUCCUUGCAGGCGGACGGCCAUCUCGCUCCAUCGGUGGCGAAUCCUAUGGUGCAAUGUCCGAUGCUCUAUGGGAAGUUGUGCGGUUGUGCUGGGCCGGCCUCCCGUCCGAGAGGCCCUCUAUGUCUGAGAUUCUCAUGGCGUUCCGCACCACCAGUGGCCAAUGGAACACAGACCCGGGAGUCUUCCAAACAUAUACCAUCACUGAACUCCCCACCCGGCCGGUUUAUGCUACCGCACUUAGCUUCAUGCUCUUCCUGCAUAGUAUUUACUUAAUUCUCUCAGUCAGUUACCUUCUGUCAGCCCCCAUGGAGGACGGCGUCAUCGUCGUUAAACGAUUGGUUUUUGUCUUUUUCAACUUGACGUUGUCUUUCACUUUCGCAUUGGCGGAGUUGAUGGCCAAACAUCUUCAUUUGCGGAACAGGACCACUCAUCCUUCACACUCUCAGAUUCGGGGUUUCAGCAUUGCAAUGAUAUCAUUGCUCUCUUGGGCCUUUAUUUUCAUAGGUGGGGCUAUUUCGACGCGAGAUAAUACUUUGGUGACGGCGGCAUCCAUGAACCUUAUCUAUAUGUUUGUUGGCAUUAUCGUCUUCAUCAUUUACAUGGUUUCGUGUAAAGGGCGUCUUCCAUCGGCUGCUUGAGUCAUCGCCUUCCCAGUCAUUCUGUCCCCUUUCCUCUCAUCUUCCCACUCGAUUUGCCUAUGCUGUCGAGGACGAUCGUUCCGUCAUAUAUCUGUCGCGUUCUCGUCCCUUCAUCUUCUCACUC